AUUACAGCACAACAAUAUAAGAAACAACAGCAAUAAAAAUGAAAUAAGUAAACAAUAAUAAAAAUACUAAAUUUAUAAUCAACACAAUAAAAAAACAAAACAACAACAAAAAUAACUACUCAUAGUGCAAGUAAGAGUAGACAACAAUAAAAUCAACUAUUCUUAAAACAGCAUUAACAACACACAGCAGUAAACAGCAGCAACUGGACAAUAAAAAAUAACAAAACAACAAUUGCAAUGUUACGGCUGCAACAGCAGCGAAAACAAUAAACUACAAAAUGAAAAAGCUUAGUUUUUCUAUAACAAAAAUAUCAAACUGUUAAUAUUUUUAUUCUAUUGUUUUAAAUUACUAAAACAUCGAUAACAAUUGCAACAGCAGUGGCUCUAUACCAAAGAUAAUAACAACAAAAGUUACGUUUACAUUAUCAACAGCAUCAGUCAGAAUUGACAGUUGAACAACAUAUCUCACAUGCAGCCAUGGGAGCAGCAAAUUCAUCAAAUAGAUCAGAUAACUGUCUAUCCAAUGAUGAUGAUGUCAAUUUUGAUCAUUUUCAAAUUUUACGCGCCAUAGGCAAAGGCAGCUUUGGCAAGGUAUGCAUUGUACAGAAACGUGAUAGUGGCAUAUUGUACGCAAUGAAAUAUGUCAGUCGUUCAGCCUGUGAAAGUCGUGGAGCUUUGGGUGGUGUCAUCAAAGAAGUUGAGCUUCUAGCCUCCUUGGAACAUCCGUUUCUAGUGAAUUUGUGGUUUUCAUUUCAAGAUGAAGAGGAUUUAUUUAUGGUUUGUGACCUGCUGACAGGCGGUGAUUUAAGAUAUCAUCUGCAAAAUAGAGUGGAGUUUUCUGAAGAGAGUGUUGCCUUAUUAGUUUGUGAACUUGGUAGUGCUUUAGAUUAUUUACAAUCGCAACGUGUUGUUCACAGAGACGUCAAACCAGAUAACAUAUUACUAGAUGGUGCUGGUCAUGCACAUUUGACUGACUUUAAUAUCGCAACAAGACUGGUAAAGGAUGGCCUCGCCUGUAGUAUGUCUGGUACAAAACCGUAUAUGGCACCAGAGGUCUUUAUGUGUGCACUAGAUGAAGUGGCUGGGUACACGUUUCCAGUAGACUGGUGGUCAUUGGGUGUGGUGGCAUAUGAAAUGCGUGCCAAUGUCCGGCCGUUUUCGGUGCAUUCUAAUACAGCUUUGGUGGAAGUAAAGCAUAUAUUAAGUGCCCCAGUACAUUAUCCACGCUACUGGAGUCACAAUUUUGUCGAUUUAAUUACGAAGUUACUCUGCGUACAUCCUGGUGGUCGCAUUAGUUCACAACAGGAGUUACAACAAACACCCCUACUGCGUCACAUUGAUUUCAAAGAUGUGCUUGAAAAGAAAACAAAACCUCCUUUUAAGCCACCCGAAGAUCAUUUAAAUUGUGAUCCCUGUCUAGAGCUAGAAGAAAUGAUUGUCGAAACCCGCCCUUUACACAAAAAGAAAAAACGUUUGGCAAAACAACGUUCAGCCCAACGGGACAGUGAUCCUGAGACGACACUCGUCAAAGAAUUCAUAGUCUACAAUCGUUAUAAAGAACUUAAACGCAAAGAUAUGGAAAAGAAAGAAAAUGAAUGGGAAAAGGAAUUAGAAGAGGCCAUGGCCAAUUCGGUGGUCAGUAGUUUAGCGCCCAUAUUGGAGGCCCCACUACUUGAGACACUGAAAGUUACGUCAACCAUAGCAGAACAGGGUUCCUGUGCCACGGCCACAAAUUCCAGUUUAAAUAGCAGCACUAAAUCAAAUUCCAAUUUUAGUUCGGCAAAAACAUUGAACACCUUAAGUUCAACAUUACAAAUGUGCUCGAAAUGUCAAAGAUCGGAUUCGAGAAAAACAAAAACUACCGAAAAUAUGGAAUUUAUUGAUCGUACACCUUCGCCUCAGCAACAAAUAAGUGGAGCCUUAUAAGGGGAACAAAACUUAAGCAUUUUUAUUUUUGUAUUAAAAUAGGUUUCACAAAAAUCAAGUAAAAUUUUCAAAUUAUCACUUUAAAUACAAAAAGGAAUAGAACUUGUAUUAAGCAAAUUAAAAUAGUAAUUAGAAAAAAAUAAUAAUAAAUGGAAAUUUUAGUUUUUUAACAUAUGUAACUAUUUGUAAAUAGAAAUUUUACAUAUUUCCAGCAUCUGUCAU